AUGUGUAAAUACAAGACUUUAGGACCAAGCUCAAAUUGCUUAAAUUAUGACUACACUGCCUUGUUAACAGAUAAUGACAUUAAUACUAUAAUCGAAAACAUUAAUCGUCGAAGAAACUUUAUUGCUUUGGGUCAUUCAAAUUUCUUACCUGGGGCUGCAAACAUGAAAAAGAUUAGCUGGUCUCAAGAAUUAGCAUUAUCUGCUCAGCUAUGGGCGAACCAAUGUGACCAACAAUUACAACCAGACAAAGAAGACCAAUGUCGUGAUAUAGAAAAUAUGAAAGUAGGACAAAAUAUUGCCACAAUAACCGGACCAUCAGCUGGUUUUAAUGUAAAAAGUUUCGUGGAAAUUUGGUUUAUGCAAUCACUGGUCUAUAAUGGAAGCGUAACCUAUUACAAUGAGUCUCAUGGUAACAAAAGUAAUCAAUUUACGCAAUUAAUUUGGGCAAACACAGAAAAAAUUGGAUGUGGUAAAGCUAAAUUCACCGUGAACAAUAUCAAAACUACGAUCGUCGAGAGACUCGUUUGUAACUUUGCUCCCAAGGGUAACGUACACGGAAAACCAGUAUAUAUUAUUGGCUACGCCGCAACUCAGUGUUCAGAUAAUAUGCAACCCGACAAGUUCUUUUCUGGCUUAUGCAGUGAACCAGAAAUAACAAAUGAAAUUGUUAAGAACAUGAAGCAGAAAAUAUCAGCAUCUCCACUUUCCACCAGUUUACUCCGAAUUAGAAAUUUAUUUAAUGAUUCUGAGGUAAAAGAAAUUGAUCCUGUAUAUAACAAUUUGAAGCUAAUAAAAAACGAUGACAAAAACGAAUGUCUACAAAUUAUUAAAAAAUCAGGCACUACUACGCAGGACAUAUUUUUUGUGAAAGAAAAGAAUACGAUCCAUAUUACAGGCAGCAAUUCAAAAAGGAGCGCACCAGAAGAUGAUUUAAAUUUUAAGCCUUUUUGGCAAAUAGAUGGUUAUUCAAACAAAAAACAGCAGCAACUAAAGUCUAUAAAAUAUACUACAUUAGCUAAUAAAAAAAACAAAAAAAUAAUGAGAACAAAAAGUACUCCUAAAAAAGUUUUUCAAACAGAGCAUAUAACUAUAAAAUUUAUCAAUGAACAAAAAGGCAAUAAUAUACGUAUUACUGAAAAGUAUUUAUCAUUUGAUGAACUAAUGCAUCUUAGAAAAUUUAAUACAGGAAAUUUCAGUGGGCGACGAUUUCUUAACACAAAUUCUGAUGAUAAUGAAGGCAUUCAAUUACUAAGAAAUUCGAAUACAUCUAAUUCAACUAAAUCUACAGAAUAUACUGCUAAUACACCAUUUAUUCGCAUGAAACAGUGUACACGGAAGUUAACUUGUACUUGGACUGCUGCAUCUUUAACUGAUAGUGCCGGUAGUAUCAUACCGGGUGGAGUUGGUGGCUUAAUUGGAAACGUAGGUUCCCGCACGCCUCCAGGUUAUGUCGAAGGCUGUACACGUACUUCAACAUGUACUAGAGAUUACAUGAACAGAAAUAAAAUGGCGUCGCUAGACAUUGAAACAACGACUCCGGAAUUUGAUACAGGAACGUUAAAAGAGAAGAAAAUUAUGUUCAAAGUGACCAUGAACGAAACGUAUUAUCUUAUGGCGACCUAUUCUAUUACGUAUUGA